GGCGGUUCGUUUACCGCUUCCGGCGCGACACUCGUCAUCGCAGCCCACAGCCCACGCUCUGCUGCACACCACGGCCGUGGCCCGUCCUGCUCCGCACCCGCACCCGCACCCAUCCUUCUCGUCAUCGGCCCCGGCCAGCAUCGGGACUACAGCUGCAGAUAAACGAAGGACACGAAGGUGCGUGCUCGGGCGGAGAAGCCUGCUGCGGCCGAGGACCGGGAGAUGGCUGACGAUGGAAAAUGGUGGUCACAGACGCGAGAACGAACCUAUACUCCCUCAUCGCACGCACUUACGACCUACCCACGACUAACGACGCAGACGACCGCGACGACCAUGCUGCCGCUCAGCCUUCUCCUCUCCCUCCUUCUCACGCCGGCCCGCGCGACGUACUACCCGUACAUCGAGUACUCCGGCACGACCUUCUUCAACGGAUUCGAUUUCUACGGCGCGAUUGACAACACGACGUGGGGCAACGUAACCUACGUGACGGCUGCGGAUGCGACCGCCGAGUCGCUGGCGUUCAGCAACGCCGCGGGGAACGCGAUCAUCAAAGUCGAUGACCGGAGCACGGUGUUGGACGUCGGGCCCGUGCAGUAUCGCAAGAGCGUCCGGCUGACGUCGAAAACCGCGUUCGACCUCGGGACCCUGUUCGUCAUCGACGCGCUGCACAUGCCCUGGGGCUGCUCCGUCUGGCCGAGUAUCUGGCUCAACGGCGUGCUGCAACCGGGCCAGGUGUGGCCGAACGGGGGAGAGAUCGAUCUCGUCGAGGCGAUCAAUCUCAUGACGGCCAAUCAAAUGGCGCUCCAUUCUUUCGAGGGAUGCGUCCAGCCUGCGAAUGUGACGCAGCUGGGCCAGUCCCUGAUUAAAAACUGCAACGACACCUCGGCGUCCGGGUGCACGGUCGCCGAGACGAAACCCAAUUCGUACGGUCCGGGAUUCAACGCGAACAACGGCGGCGUGUUUGCGCUCCAAUUCGAUACCGCCGGGGUGUUCAUGUGGUUCUGGCCCCGAAAUGCGACGCCGGCAUCCAUCGACCAAGCCACGCCGAAACAGACGAUGAAUUUAACCGACUGGGGCACGCCGUCGGCGUCGUACCCGGCUGCCGGCUGCAACAUCUCGCACUUCUUUGCAGCGCAGCAGUUGAUCGUGGAUAUCACACUCUGCGGGCUCUGGGCGGGAAUCGAUACGAUAUACAGCCAAGACUGCAAGGGCACCUGCUUCUCGUCGAACAUCGCCGGCAACGGGUCGAACUACGCCGACGCAUACUUUGAGAUCCCGUACAUCCGCACGUACACCGUAAACCCCGCGCUCGCUGCUAACGCCAGCGCGAGUGCCAGUGCCCUCAGCGUCGCGCAGACGACCGGUGCGCCGAGUGGCAGCGUCGCCGUCGCGUCGCCGAGCCAGAGCUCGAAUGCGGCGGCGCCGGCGGUGGGGAGUGGCGUGUGGCGUGUGCAGUUGCUGCUGUGCACGUGGGUCGUGCUGAUUGCUGCGUUGGCGGGCGGGGCGUUGGUUCUCUGAGGACUGUGACGAUCUGCAUAUAUGGAUGAUUGUAUCUGAUGUAUUUAUUUGAUGCGUUGCGAGACUGCGGGUGGAGUGUCAAUCGUGAGAUACUGCUGGUUGGAUGUC